UAAAAAGUAUAAAAGUUUUCCAGUAGCAUUUAAAAUUCUUAAAAAUGUAUUCCGUUGAAUUAAAAGUUUUAAUUUUUAAUUAUUAACAUUUUUAAUACUAUUAUAAAUUAAAAAAUGUCCUUUAACCAAAGGGUAUGUAAAUUUUUUUUGCAAGGGAAUUGUAUGUACGGUACAUCUUGCCGUUUUUUACAUUCAAAUCAAACAAAUGAUCAUUACUAUGAUGACUAUCAUUCAAGAAAUGACAGAAACACUGGCUCGUAUUAUAAUUAUAAUUCCCAACAAAAUAGAAGACAUGGUAAUAAUUAUUAUAAUGAAAAUGAAGAAUAUGACAAUUCAAAUAGAUAUAAUUAUCAAUCAAACAAUCAAAAUAACUGUAGUAGUUCAAGAAAAAAUCAUGGCUUGAAAAAUGAUUAUGGAAAGAACUACAGUAGAAAUAAAGAAUAUAAUUCUUAUGAUGAAUUUAUAGAAAAUCAGACUGAAAAUAAUAAUCAAUAUCACAUUAGUAGACAAAGUUUUGGAAUUAAUAAUAGUUAUUAUAAAGAUGAAAAUCAGUGUUCAUAUGCAGUAGCUAAUAGAAAAAGUAAUUCAAGAUACAAAAAUACAAAAUGUGAUCAGUUACAAUCUCAAUUGAAAAACUAUUCUAGUGAAAUUAAUAAUUAUCAAGCACACAUGAAACAACUACUUUCUAGUAAUAUUUGGCCACUUUCAUGUUCACAACCUAUUGGUCAUUCAUUUCCUAUUCAACCAAUUGGCAUUUUAAAUUUAAUUGAAGUAUCAUUUGAAGAAAUAAGAUGUGAUUAUUAUUUUGCUAAAAGUUUAAAUCUUGAUGCUCUAAGUAUACACAAACAAUUAUAUGAAAAAUUAUUACUAAAAGCUUGUCGGCAAAAGGAAAGUAUAAUAAUAUCUGAGGAAAAUGUAUUGAAUGAUAUGUUGGCCACAUUUGAGAAAUGUAACACCAUUUUGAAUAAUCCAGCAUUUCACAAUUCCAUUCAAGUAGAUUCAAACAGUUAUUGGGAUAUGACAAUUAAAUAUUUAUCCUCGGCUGAAUCAAAUAAAAUUUUUGAUAAAGAAAAUGGUCAAGGUUUUAAUAAUAAUAAUGUUGCUAAUGAGCCAAAAAAGAAAAUUAAUAACAAACCACAAAUCCAAAUCCUUAUGCAGACUGAAACUUAUGGAAAAAUGGAUUGUAAUGAAUUUGUUCAAGAAGAAUUCACUGAUUUCAUACCCAUCAUGCCUCCACCUAAAAAAUAUUGUCCAUAAUAAUGAUUAAAACUUUUGUUUAUUAAUUUCACACAAAACUUAUUGUUUUAAUUUUAUGUACUUAUAUUUUCUGUAAAUUUCAAACUUAAAUUAUUAGUUUAUGGAGAAUUUUGUAAUGUGUAAUAUUCGGAGUUGGAUCAUUUUACUAAAUUUUAUUUUCAAAUAUUUAUAUUUAUGUUUCAUUAAAGUUUCAAUGUAUUAUUUUAGUUUUUCUUGUAAAAUUUCUUAAACCUGUUUUUAUUUUUAUUUAUUUAUAAAAUUAUAGUAAAAAAAGUCAGUUUGUUAUAAAUAAAUUAUAUAUAAUUAUAAAACAUAAA